CGGGUCGGUGCCAUUUUCAUUGUGGCGUAGGAAUACUAAAAGUAGUAACGGUUUAUCAACAAUAAUUCAAGUUCAAUUUCUUAUCAUCGGUUUUAUUAAAAUCACUUGAAAUUAUUAUUUAUACAUUUAUUCACUCUAUUAGUAUAAUUCCAAUAUGAGAAAUGAAGAAAGUUUAUUUUAAAAUAAGAUAGUUUUUUGUUUAAGAGGGGACUAUUUGUUUAAAAUAAUAUACGAAUACAGGGAAUGAGUAGUGAACACACAACCUGUUUAGUUUGAUGUCUACAGACCAUCGGUAAAAUUGGAGCACAAGUUGUUUAUGGUUUUAAUAUAAAGUAUUUUAUUUGUUCUUAUAAAUAGUGUAUUUAAAUCUUUUGUAACAAAAUAAUAUAUAUUGUAUAUAUGUAGUAAAUACAUAAUUUAAAGAAAAAAAAAAAUUUAAUCAUCAACAAUGCCAGAACAAAAAACUACUACUGAGGCCCAUAAUGAAAUGCCAGAAAAUGGAACAGGAGUUAAUUCUCCUGGUAAAGGUUUGAUCAUGAAGGGUAAAAUGACUCUGGCUAAAAUUCAACUUCUUGAUGGUACGAUAAAAGAUUUUCAGAUUGAGAGAAAAGCUAAAGGUCAUGAACUCCUCGACAAAAUUUGUGCUAGUAUGAACUUAUUGGAAAAGGAUUAUUUUGGUCUUACAUAUGAAGAUAAAUAUGAUUCUCGUAACUGGCUUGAUCUUGAAAGAAGAAUUUCCAAGUUUGUUAAAAGUGAACCUUGGAGGUUUAAUUUUGAAGUAAAAUUCUAUCCUCCAGACCCAGCUCAAUUACAAGAAGAUAUCACUAGAUACCAAUUGUGUCUUCAAAUUAGAAAUGAUAUAAUUACUGAACGUCUCGCAUGUUCUUUUGUAACCCAUGCUCUCUUAGGUUCCUAUUUGGUACAAUCAGAAAUAGGAGAUUAUGAUCCUCAAGAACAUGGUAGAGAUUAUUUGAAAGAUUUUAAAUUUGCACCCAAUCAGACACCUGAAUUAGUAGAAAAAGUUAUGGAUCUUCAUAAAACUCACAAGGGACAAACACCUGCAGAAGCAGAAUUGCAUUACCUCGAGAAUGCAAAGAAACUAGCUAUGUAUGGUGUUGAUCUUCAUCCUGCUAAAGACUCUGAAGGUGUCGAUAUAAUAUUGGGAGUAUGUUCAUCUGGCCUUCUUGUUCAUAGAGAUAGACUGAGAAUCAAUCGAUUUGCAUGGCCUAAGAUAUUGAAAAUAUCAUACAAACGACACAAUUUUUAUAUUAAAAUACGUCCAGGUGAAUUUGAACAAUAUGAAUCAACUAUUGGCUUUAAAUUAGCUAACCAUAGAACUGCUAAAAAACUGUGGAAAGUAUGUGUCGAACAUCAUACAUUCUUCCGACUUAUGAGUCCUGAACCUGUUAAAAAAGUUGGACUAUUGCCACAUUUAGGAUCACGAUUCCGAUAUUCUGGACGAACACACUAUGAAACUAAAAGAAUGCCUAUUGAAAGACAGCCUCCACAAUUUGAGAGAACAUUAAGUGGUCGUCGUUUAACUUCUCGAAGCAUGGAUGCAUUGGGUGGAAAUAGGCCUAUUGAAACAUAUGGCUCUGAACCGAGUAAACGACAUACAAUGAGUUACGAACCUGAAAUGAUUCCUGAUAUGGAGCAUAUCGAUCAAAAGCCCAGUCCAAUUAAAAAAGAUAAGCUUACUCGUAAAACAAGCGUUGGAACUACAUCAAUCAGCAGUACCAGUAGUCUGGAAGGAGAAUAUGAUGCAGAGCGGGCUGAAAAGAAACCAAUUGGAGGUAUUGCCGUUCUUCCAUCAAGUGAGUCUAGCAAGAAAAAAAAAAAACAAAAUGAACAUGAAAAAGAAAAUUUCAACGAAUUAAAUAAUUCUGAUAGUAUCUCUAAUGACAUCAAGUCGUUAAAAAAAAAAGAUAAGCCUAAACAAAAAGAAAGCCCUGAAAAAUCGGAUAAAGAUAAGAAGGAGAAAAUUAAGAUCCCUGUUGGCGGAUUCCUCUUUGGAAAACGAGAUAAAGAUCAAAAUAAGGAUAAAAAGGAAGUUCUACAAAAUAAACAACUGGUAGAAAAAAGUGAUGAUAAUAAAACAAAUCACACUGAUUCUCCGACUAAAUCAAUGUCAGACGAAAAUCAAUCAAUUUCAAAAAAGGCUCCAGAUUCACCAGCAUAUACCAAGACUUACGAUUAUGAAGAAACAGAAACAUCACCAACUAAAAAACCAUAUACUCCAUCUUUUGGUUUUUCAUAUAAAGAUGGACCUGCUUCACCAGAAUCUCAAGGUGAAAAGUCACCGCUUACAGGUAGCAAAAAAGCUACAGGAUUAGCAUUUAGUUAUGCUCCAGGUGAAGAAAAGAAAGUUGCUGAAUCAGCCGAAAAACGAAAAACUAAAGAACCAAUUGAUAAUAAAUCGGUAGGUGGUUUGAAGACUCCUGGUUUAAAUUAUGUUGAAUCAGCCGGUCUAAAAGAACAACAAAAAAUGACGUCACCGUUGAAUGAUAAAGCUUCAGCAGUUGCUGACUUUAUAAAUGAAGAAAAAAAAACUAGUACAAGCAUUACACCAGGGGUUCAAUUGUCGAAAGAUCAUCAACCAGUGAGAGAAUAUAAAAUACUUCCGAUACCCGAGAAUAGCAUCUUCAUCGGAGGUUUAAUUUAUUUAAGAGAUAAACCAUUAGAACAAAGUUCUUUGGGACCAGAUGGAAAUAAAAUCAUUGACGGUAAAUUACAUGAUAAAAAUGACAAACUUAUAAAAAAAGCUGAUUUUGGUAUACAAGGAGUUUAUAUAACUAAUGGUUUAGUUACCGGCAAAGAUGGAAAACCUAUAAAUCAACAAUUUGUAGGAGUUAAUUCUGAUUAUUUGAUAAAAAAUGGUCUUUUAUGUAACUCAUCGGGUGAAUUAUUAAAUAAAAUUUCAUUAGGUCCUGAAAAUUGUUUAGUAAAAGAUGGAAAAAUUUUGAGUAAAAAUGGUAAACAAAUGAAUUUAAAUCCGUUUGAUAGUAAUGGAACAUUUAUCAAAGAUGGUUUGCUAUUUUCCAAUGAUGGAAAACCACUUAGUCGAGGAUCAUAUGGUAUUGAUGAAAAUUAUAUUGUUGGCGGACUUGUUUGUGAUAAAAAUGGUAAAUUAGUAAACCAAAUAGCAAUUUUGCCUGAAAACAUUUACAUAAUAGAUGGGUUAAUUUAUGAUGAAGACAAUAAACCUGUUUCUGGACUUCUUGGACGAGAUGGAAAUCACAUCAUUGAUGGAAAAAUUUAUAAUAAAGAUAAUAAAUUAGUGAAAUCGGAAUCUUUUAACUCGGAUGGAUCAAAUAUCAAAGAUGGAAUGAUUUUUAGUAAAGAUAACAAAGUUUUAAAUCAAGUUUCAUUGCUCUCAAAUGGAGGUACUCAUUUAAAGGAUGGUAAAGUAGUUGGCAAAGAUGGAAAGCCUAUAAAACAUGCAUAUUUCAAAAAAGAUGGUAGUUUUGUUAAAGAUGGUAUUAUUUAUGAUAAAAAUGGCAAACCUUUAAAUCAAAUUCCUCAUUUACAACCUGGUGCAUACAUAAAAGAAGGUUUAAUAUAUGACAAGUUUGGAAAACCACUCAAUCAAGAGAUUUUCAAACCUGAUAACACGAUUAUCCGAGAAGGAACAAUCUAUGCUGCUAAUGAGCAACCUUUAGAUAACGGAUUUCUCGGCCAAGAUUAUCUAAUCAAAGAUGGUUUAAUAUCAGGAACAGAUGGAAAACUCGUUAAACAAGAACCGUUUGGGUUUAACAAUCAAAUAAAAAAAGGUUUGAUUUUAGCUAAAAAUGGUAAACCUCUAAAUCAAAAUUCUUUAAUACCUGAAGGUCUAGUAAUACGGAACGGUAAAAUUUGUACUAAAGAUGGAAAGCCAGUAAAAAUGGCUUUUUAUAAACCUGAUGGUAGUUUUAUAAAAGAUGGUCAACUGUAUGGUAAGGAUGGUAAACUUCUAGAUGUAAAUUCUCCACUUCCAGAUUCUUGUUAUAUUAAAAAUGGAGUAAUUUUUGAUAGCAAAGGAAAAGCCUUUUCCUAUGGGUCAGUAGUAGGCUCUGAUAAAUCGUAUGUAGUAGCUGGUUAUAUUUGUGACAAGAAUGGUAAACCAGUUAAAGAUGGUAUUUUUGGGCCAGAUGGCAAUAAAAUAAAUAACGGCCUGAUAGUCGAUCGUGACGGUAAACCUGUAACUCAAGAUGAUAAAGGACCUGACAAUAUUUCUAUUUCCAAUGGUAAAAUAGUUGAUUCUCAAGGCAAUCCAAAAAAUCAAAGCUCUCUAUUACCAAACGAAUGUUACGUGCAAGACGGUGUUAUUUAUGAUAGACAUCAACAUCCUCUUAAACUCGGUGCAUUUAAUAUUGAUGGUUCAUACAUUCGUAAUGGCUUAAUUUAUUCUUCAGAUGGCUCAUUGUUGAAUGUUGGUGAACCAUUAUCUGAUCAAAUUUACAUUGAACAAGGAAGGCUAUAUAACAAGAAUGAUAAACCGUUAAACCAUGGUUCAUUUGGUUGCAGUCGUUGUUGUAUACAAAAUGGAUACAUAUUAGAUGAAAAUAUGCAACCUUUAGAUCAUGGUGUAUUUAAUACGAUUGGUGAUUAUAUUAAAGACGGACGUGUGUAUAACAAUGGAAAACUGGUGAAUCAAAAAAGUACACCACAAAAUGUUACAAUAUUAGUAAGAUAUGGUUUGGUAUUUAGCGAAGAUGGCAAACCGAUGGUAUCUGGUCGUUUCGAUAAUAACGGUAAUACCGUCAAGAAUGGAAGAAUAUAUGAUUUUAAUGGUAAACCAUUGAAUUUAAGUUCUUUAGGAAGUAAUGGACAAUAUAUAAAAGAUGGUCUUAUUUAUGGACCUGAUAAUAAAGUAUUGUCACAAGGAUCUUUACCGCCAGAAACAAAUUAUAUAAAAGAUGGAAGAGUACAUAGUGAAAAUGGUCAUCUAUUAACUCAAGAAUCUUUUGGAAAUGAAGGAUUUAAAGUUAAAGAAGGUAUAAUUAUUGAUAAAACAGGAAGGCCUAUUAAGCAAGCAUCAUUUGAUUCUGAUGGUAAUGUUGUCAAAAAUGGACUUGUUUAUAAUACAUCUGGAAAAUUAUAUGACAGUUCUAUUCCAACUAAUAAAACUAUUAUUCGAAAUGGUCUGAUUUGUGAUUUCAAUGGUGAACCAAUUACGAAAAGUUCGCUAGAAUCUUUGAAAGAUGUUUCUGUAAAAAAUGGAAAAGUUUAUGAUAAUAAUGGAAAAUUGUAUAAUAAUCAUAAUUUCGGAGAAGGUUUUAUUAAAGACGGUAUAAUUUAUGAUAAAAAUGGCCAAAAAAUGGAUUCCGAUCAAAUAUCAACAUUAUCAACACAAUCACCAAUAUUAAAUGCUAAAAAACCAUCUAUUCCUGUAAGUACUCCGACAAUUGUUAAGACUACCACUAAACAAUCUGUAAUCAAAGAUCAAGAGGGUUUAACUCAGAAUAUUGAAGAAAAAAUCGAAGAUUUAACACCAGGUGGUACAGGACAAAUAACUGUAAAUACCAGUAUAAAUAAGGCAGAGACACAAGAUGAUGGCAGAGCUCCAUACAUGACUGCAACAGCUGUUACUACUCGUACAGCUACUAUGCAUGAAGAUCUUGAAAAAAAUCAAAAAACAAGUCAGGUUGAAGAAAAAACCGUAGCUCAUACUACUGCAACGAGUGCAACAAGACAAGAACAACGGGUCGUUACUCAAGAAGUGAGGACUACAAGUCAUGUUCUUUCUGGAGAACAGUUCUUUUUGAGACGACAAAGUACAUCAAGUUCAAGCAGCGGUGAUUCGGGUACACCCAUAGAUAUUGAUGAUGAACAACAUACAUUCUGCAAUCAGUAUUACCAGGGUAAUGAUGAAUUAGUAUCAACAGCAGAAAACAUUUUAUUAUCACCCGAAACUGAUAAUAAAACAGUAUCUACUCCAACUGUACCUCUAUCAACAUCUGAAACGAGAAAGGUAGCUGUUGAAAGUGAAGAUGGUACGUACAGUGCAAGUGGUGAAAUUGUGAGUACACAAACGAUUUCCAGUAAAACUCGGACUGUCGAAACAAUCACGUACAAAACGGAAAGAGAUGGAGUUGUAGAAACAAGAGUCGAACAGAAAAUUACAAUACAAUCGGAUGGUGAUCCAAUUGAUCAUGAUCGUGCAUUAGCUGAAGCUAUUCAAGAAGCAACUGCUAUGAAUCCUGACAUGACUGUAGAAAAAAUUGAAAUUCAACAACAAACAACACAAUAAUAAUUAUAUUAAUAAAAUUAACAUUACCUAUAAAUAGUCUAUUACAUACCAAGGGAAAAAGGGGAUUGGUUCAAAGCUGUAGUGUAAUUGUCAAUCGAGUUGAAAGUGAGGAUGUUCUAAAUGAGGUAAAUCUAUAAUUUGAACAAGUCUCAUUCUCUUCCCUAGGUCUGUAUACUAUUUUUGACCAUGCCUGUGCGAAAAGUUCGAUAGGUCUCAAAUGAAAAACAAACUUUCUACCGAGAUAUCAAGAUAAAAAAAAUAAUAGUAUAGUAAUAAAUAAGACAGGUAUUAAGAUAUAGAAAAAAAAUAAUAAUAUAACUAAUGAACUAUAAUUUUACGUUGUUUGACAUGAAAUAAUUAUUAAUAAAAUGUGUAAUUAAUAUAAUUUUCAUUUUUAAAGGAAUGGUAUAAUGACGUUACUUAGUGUUCGUACAUUUUUUCGUUAAUAAAUAAUGAGGUUGUGUUAAACGUAAAACUAUUAAACAGAAAUUAUUUACUUUUUUCAUCAAUUAUUAAAGAUAUGUCAAAUAAAUCGCUUAAGUUAUACAUAGAUAUAUAUAUAUAUAUAUAUAUGAUAUGAUAUUAAUAUCAUAAAAUCUUAUCAUAUGGAAAUAAACAUUUAAAAUUUUCUGUAAGAAAAUUUUUACAAAAAUAUCUUGAUAAAAAAUAUUUAUAUCAAUUAAAUUUUUAUGAAUUCAAUUAAAAAAAAAUUAUUGUUGAAGAAUAAUUGUGCAGUUGUAACUUUUGCUUGGAAAUAAUUUGUAUGAUUAUCAAGUAUAAAAUGUAUAACCAAAAGCAAACAUGCAUUGGUCAGCGUAAAUGUCUAAAUCUAGCCAUAGCUUGAGUAGUCAUAGUAUGUAUGUCUGCCACAAAUAUUAGUUUUUCUCAAAUUGUUUUUAUUACAAUACUAUAUAUAUAUAUAUUAUUACUAUUAUUUAUAACAAUAAGUCUUACCAUUUUCUAUCUUGAAUUGUGCUAUUAAUAUUCUUGAAAUUAUAAUGAGGUGAGAAUUUUUACAUUUAUUAUUUCAUAUAUAUUCUUCAUAGUAAAUUUGCUGUAAUUAUUUUCAUGAUUAUAUUUUUUGUAAUAUUUUUGUAUCAUGUAUUUUAUCAUUUUUAGUACAAAAAAAUUUGCAAUUGAUCAUUAUCGGUAUAUAUUUAUUACGAUUUAAGAGUGAAAGAUUGAAUUAAGAUUUUUGUACCGUAGUAUCCUGAUGUAAAAAUUAUAAAAAAAAAAAACUUAUCAUAAAAUAAUCAGAACAUAUAGAUACUUUAUAAAGAAAUCUAAAACCCAAUCUUGAUAUCUAAACAAUGCAACUUUUUCUUUCCAAUUUUCAAAAUAAUUUUUGUUCAUAC